UCCAACUUGUUUUCACAUUUAACUUCUCGAACUUUCAUUCCCAAACAUUCACUUGUUCAAGGGUCUUUGACUUUUCAGAGCUUGAUAUGACAUCGAAGCUCACCAAAGGAAGUUUUUUUGCAAGUCUAAAGUCCAAGGCAACAUCCUGAGCAGCUCGAUCGAGGCGCAACUCGUCAACAUGGACCAAAUCACAGAUGCCUCAAUGAUGCCUCCCCCAGAUCAACUUCCAAUUACCACGGACGCGCCGAUUCCGGCCCCAGAAGGCAUCAGUGCUGAUGAAAUUGCGCUCUACGACCGCCAAAUUCGACUAUGGGGAGUUCAAGCUCAAGAGAAGAUCCGCAAUGCCAAUAUCCUCCUCAUAACCAUGAAAGCCCUUGCAAACGAAAUCGCCAAGAACCUCGUCCUUGCAGGUAUCAACUCCAUCACAAUCGUUGAUCACGAACUGGUUACAAAAAACGAUUUGGGCGCCGAGUUCUUCAUUACAGAAGCAGAUGUUGGUACAAACAGAGCAGAAGCGGCUGCCCCGCAGAUCAGAAAGCUGAACCCGAGAGUCAAUGUGAUUGUGGACCCAACCGAUAUCAAGAGCAAGGGACCGGAUUUCUUUGGAGCGUUUGAUGUUGUGAUUGCGACAGAUCUUCAGCCCGACUCACUGAACAUCAUCAACACAGCUACGAGAAUCAACCACCGACCAUUCUAUGCUGCUGGCGUUCAUGGUUUCUAUGGCUUCAUAUUCUCGGAUCUGAUUCAGCACGAUUAUGUCGUGGAGCGAGACACAAGCAAUAGGGCUACAACCAUUGGACCAGAGACUCGAACUCGAAGUGUGAUUGACGUGAAGGAAAAGAAAGAAAAUGGCAAGAAUGUUGAGUUGGUCACAAAGCGCGAGCUCUAUUCUACCUGGUUCUUAGCGAGCGAUGCUGCGACCCUGCCGACCGAGUUCCUGAAGAGCAGACGACGACUGAAGGCUGUCACACCUAUUUUGUCAUGUCUUCGUGCUCUGUGGGAAUAUAUCCAGAUCCAUGGACGGAUGCCAAACAACGCGACGGACGACUUCAUAGACUAUACCAAAAUCGUCCAAGAGAAACACAAGCUCUUGGGAUUGCCUAUCGAAACGAUGAAGUCCGAGGUUCUGAGAAGCUUCCUGGGGAAUUUGGGCUCUUCAAUUGCUCCAGUAACUGCUGUCCUCGGUGGUCAAUUAGCACAAGACGUCAUCAAUGUUCUUGGUGCUCGUCAACAACCGAUCCAGAAUAUGGUAAUCUUUGAUGGAGAUGCCAUGGAAGCGCCAAUGUAUGCCAUACAUCCUGAAGGUCCAUUGGGAGAGGCAUUGCUACCGCUCUCAACUGGAGCUCAGCCAGUAAUGAUUGAUGGUAUCUUGCCAGCGAAUGGAGCCAUGAAUGGCUUUCUGCCUGAUAUGAUCCAAACAUAGAGCUAAAUGGCAGCUUGUGCUAUGGUGGAUGGUUGCAGAUGGUAGGAGCCCAAAAAUGGAGUUUAAUAGCCGGAUAUGGCUUGGUGUAAACCGACAUUGGCGUUCAUGGAUAGGAGUUCAGACGGUUGCCAGACCUUAGCCGUGAUAAUGCAUCCUUCAAUCACCACAUUCAUCGGUGACCUCGCUCUCGUGAUCCUCAUCUGAUCUAUCCUCGAUGCCCUCCCAUUCUUCCGAAUCUUCCAACUCUUCAUCCUCAUCACUGCUCUCUUCCCUAUGCCGCUUUCCAUUCCCCACCACAGCACCCUCUCCCUUCCUCACAAAAACAUAACUCCUAGC